GUUGUUGACUCAUCUCCGUUCUCAAACACUCUCUGUUAUUACCCAUAAUCCCCCUGAAACCAAUGACCUGUCUCUGGCCUUGGCGUGUAGCACGGUGCUGCUAGUUGUCAGUGUGCGGUGCUGGCAGUUGGACUUGUUUUAGCUUUAACUAGCUGGAGUACACGUCCGACAGGUCGGCUGGUUAGCUGUGAAGCAGAGCUGAGCCACGAUGCUGAAAUGCAGAAUUGCAUGGAGAAAGCUUGCACCGCUGGCGAGAGCUUCAUCUACAGUGUGCCGGCAGAAUGUGAGGAGAGCAGGUAAGUCACAGUGACAGGAACUGGACUCAAUAAUUCAAUGCAAACACACUUUAGCGUGCCAUUACACUACGAUGACAGCACGCUCAGUCAGAUUGAUAGCUUCAUUAAGUAUUCUGAGCCAAGUGUGGUUUUAAUUAAGCUAAUAUUGACCUAGUAAAUCUGCAGAUCUUAAGUUAACCUGCACAAGUUCAUGCUAACUAUUAAACUUCAACCACACUGCAUGUCUGUGUCUGUCUGUCUGUUGCACUGCCUGAAGACUCUCAGACACUUUUUGAAUGACAAAUAAACUUUUCAGUCUCAGUUUGUUAAAGCCAGUAAAGGUUUGCAGUGUGGUAACUUAUAACAUAUGUGACCCCCACAGAAUUUAUCACGCUGCUUUCACAUGACUAUUUUGACAUGGAUCCUGUUGUUAUGAGCCCCCCAGUGUAAAACCUUUGGGGGGUGAUGAAGGGAGGAAACAAGAAGUAGUAAUUAAAGGGAAAUUGUCAAUGAGAGGGGUUGAUUAUCACCUCUUAACCUAACUCAACUCAGUGGUUCUCGACUGGUCUCACUCUGGGACCCACAUUUUCCCAUUGUCCUGAAGUCGCGACCCACUUUUAUGGAAUUCAAGCAAACCAAAAAAAACCUUGAAAGACUCUAAUCUUUAACAUAAAUCCACUUUAUUAUGUGUUUUAAGUGCAUUUAAGAGCACACGAAGGGGACAAUAUGAGGACGACAACUACUGAAGUUGCUUGUACAGAAAAAAUCUAAUAAAUAUCACAUUAUAUAUUUACUUUUUUGACCAGCUGUUGGUGAUCCAUCCUGAACGUGUCCACGACCCACUUUUGGGUUUGGACCCACCAGUUGAAAACCACAUCUUUAAAUAACCUAAUUUCAUUUAUUGUACUUAAGUGUGUCAGUGCCAUCUAAUCAAAUCACAUAUCAUCAUAUUUCACCAUUUCAGAGAGGUUAAAACAUUACACACCUGAAGUGAAAGGCAUUUUACUAGUUAUAGAGAUUGAAUAUACUGCAACUAUGACACAUUUGGUUGUUAGUUGGUCUAUAUUCCAAGCAGUUUUGUCAACACUUGAAAGUUUAUAAUUUGUCAAUGCUUCAUCAUUUCAGGAUUAACCCAUGGCAGACUACCUGCACAAGCACCUGUGGCUCACAUGUCCACCGGGCCUACAGGGGGAGGUCGUGAAAACCAGCUGUAUAUCCUUCUGGUUGGAGCAGCCUGUGUUGGUAGUGGAGUUUAUGUGAGUCAGCUUAUACCUCAUUACAUAAUGGGUAUGAUGCACGAAACAUGGCGACCGAUGGAAAGAGUUGAACCAGUUGUGAGUUUUUCGGCAUUUUUGUUUUCGCAGUUGUACCGUACUUUAAGAGGAGACCAAACACGAUACCAGGAACGUGUUGAUGAAAUUGCAGCUAGACACCAAAAAGUGGCCACAGAAGAGAUCGCUGCACCCACGGAGUCUGAGCCCCCUGGUGAGUGAAUUUUAUGAACACAAUUUAGUCAUUUUUCAUGAUGAUAAAUAAAAACAGAACUGUUUUGAUUGUUAUUUUGCUGUUUGUUUCAGCUGUGGAAACCACUGAAGCAGAGGGUGAGUGAUUUGUCCCUCGUUUUCAGAUGAUUAUCUUGACACUUUGAUCAAACUCCACCUCUGUUAAUAACUUCAUAGGUCAUAAAACUUACCUACUCUGAAUCAAGGGUCCGUACAUACUCUACAAACAGCAUAAGAGAACAGGGCCUGUGUUGUUUAGAGUGUCUCUCUGUGAUGAGAAACAAAAAACCUGUUUGUAUAAAAUCAAAGUUGGAGGUUAUUUAAUUGUGUAGUUUUGCUUGGAGCUGGCCGUGACACACAGUUUAGCUUCCUCUGUAUUGCCCUUAAGUCAGCAGUUUUUGACCACAAAGCAAACUGUGUUUGAAUAAGUGCUGAAAUGAUUUACAUUGUGUUAAACUUUCUGACAUAUUAACCUCCUCUAAGUCACAUGACACACAAAAAAGGUGUUCAGUGUUGAAUAUGUCCUUUCUUUUGGUUUGUAAGUCUUUAAACUCUUCUCGCCUAGUUGUCCCUGAGACAGAACCACAAGCAGAACCUGCGGCAGAACCUUCACCAGAGCCAAUAGCAGAACUCUCACCAGAGGAGCCUAGUGCCCCGGCCCCAGAUGCUGAAGCAGCGGCAGCCCCCAGUGACACAACAGAGCCAUCCCCAGGUAGUUUGCUUUCUUUCUUAAACCCCUACAUGCAUUAAACAUCUGCCUUCUUUAUUAACACUUUGUUUGAACCUAAAAAUACUAGAAAAAAGUUUGCUUGCCUAACCUGGAACUGUGUACUACAUUUCACCUUUCUGUCAACACGUACUGACAGACAGUGCUUUACAGUGAACUUCAGGGUAGAAAUGGUGACACCAGCUGGUUAAGCUGGGUUAGUGCAAGAAAAGAUGAGAUGUCUUUAUAGCAUCUUUUAUGCCCUGCCCAACUUUUCCAUUAAAAGAUAUGUUAAAACAGAAUUGAUAGGUGUUAUCCUGAAGGACCUCUGAAUUUUAAACAUGUUUUGUCUCGUAUUUGUUGUCUACAUCCAUUAACUGAGAGAGUAACUGCAUGAGUUGUUACUUCUCCCUUUUGUUGCAUGAGUUUUUCAUUUUCAUUCACCAUCUUGUGUUAAGUCAAACAUGUCAUGGUUUAUGUUUAAUGUUGGUUUAAUUCACUCUAUGUCCUCUAACCAUGUAAAUUAACUCUUUACUUUUACAGUACAACAUUUAAUGGUCACAUACUAACCUUCAUCGUGUUAUAUUUUUGUGAAAAUGUUUGUUUCUGUGAGCCACUGUCAUCGAUGGUUUAAGUUCGUGUAAUGUCUGCUCCAGUUGUGAUUGUUGUGUCAUUUUUGUGGUGCCAGAUGAAGUCCCUCUGUCCAGUGCUUCUCUGAAUUUGUUAUAGUUUGUAAAAAAACAUCAUCUUUGGCUAGGAUUCAAAAGGGUUGUUGUCUAACUUAAUGUGGAGCCAUACUGUUUAUAACUGGAAGCUGCCCGUAGACAUUUUUUAUGUCAUGUCUGAAGCUCGAUUGGAAAAUGAAGUCUGAAAACUUCAAAAAUGUAUUUCUAAUUCCAGUUCUAAAGGAGUUAGGACACUGUGUCUGAUGUUAAUGAGUAUAGAAUUUGAUGGUUUUCCAAUUUAUUUGAAGCAUUAAUUUAACUGAAAAUAGCAAAAAGACAACAAACCAACUAGGAGGCUAAACAAAUUUCAUUGUUUUAUGAAUAGAAUUAUGCUUAUUUUAGAUUCGAUGUCAGCAUCAUGUUUCAAAAGGAUUGAGACGGAAGUAUUUACCAUCGUGUUCUAUCACCUUGUCUCAUAACACAGUGUAAACCGUUGGCAACCAAGGAGAUCAGUUUCUGGGUUUGAAAUUGAAAUAUUGACCCAUGCUUGCCGGUCACAGGAUUUCAGCUGUUCAACUGUCCGAGGUCUCAUUUGUCGUACAAUCCGUGUCAUGAUGACCUACUGACCCUAAGUUGUGACUGCAGGCUGUGUAGUUUAGCACUGGACCCCCUUUACUACUGCAAAAUGUGCUUUAAAACAUGUAUUCUUAAGCAUUAGUGGUGCCUUCUCAGGUGUUUGUACCAGCCAUACCAUGGAGUCUUAUGCAUAUUAUCAACACAAUCAGGGAUGCUGGCUUUUGAACUGUGCACAAACAGGGUUGCUUAAAGGGAGGGUGCAGCGCCCAUGCCUCUGUGGAGUUCUUUUGGUACCCAUUAGAGGUGGGAAUCAGCAGUGGCCCCAUGAUUCGAUAUUAUCACGAUACCUGGGCCUAGAUUUGAUAUUAUCGCGAUUUUUAACAUUUUGAGAUACAUUGAGUUUUGCGAUACCAUUUAUUGCGAUUUGUACAUUUUUUUUCAACUGCUUAGUUGAUGUAGCAUUUGGUGGAUGAGACGAUACGAUGUAUCACCAGACAAAAUAUUGCGAUACUAUGCCGUAUUAAUUCUUUCUCCCACUGCUAAUACCCGUUCAUGCUACUAACUUAUCGGAGACCAAUGUGAUUAGCUGGGAAAUGUUUUUCCAGGUGUAUUUUUAGCACUACACAUUUUUUCAGUGCUAUGUUGUUUCUUUCCCAGCGGUUUUAAAAACGUGUUGUUGGCAUCAAACUUUAAUUUUUUUAAAUAAAAAAUGUAUCCAUUCAACAAUUUAAUUUGUGGUCUUUGCACCAUUUUCAGAUGAUUUUCAGCUUUAAACCAUCACAUGCUGUUUUUUUUAUUUUUUUUUAUUGACAUCUUACGCAGCAUCCCAACUCUUCACCUGGGCUUGUAUGUUAGUUAGGGGAUAAUUGCUGGAGUGAACCACCACACAAGACUCCUUUUUAAUACUUGAUUUAAAUGCAACUUAUAUUUAUUUACCUUAUUUAAUUUAUGUUUCACAGUUGUUCAUAUAAAGUCAACUAAAAAGAUGUCAGCUUCCAGUUGUAGUUGUGUUUCAGUGCAUGCCAUGCUGAGUGUUUACAGGGUUAAACUGGAUCAAUGCAUGGACCUGGUGGUUUUCCCCCUCAGUAAUCGUGUAUUGAAUUGCAAUCCUAACUCAUGCUAUUAACUACCUCAGUAGCAGAAGAACCAGUGGUACAGGAACCAGUGGUAGAAGCUCCAGCGGUAGAAGAACCAGUGGUAGAAGCUCCUGUGGUAGAAGAACCAGUGGUACAGGAACCAGUGGUAGGAGAACCAGUGGUACAGGAACCAGUGGUAGAAGAACCAGUGGUAGAAGCUCCUGUGGUAGAAGAACCAGUGGUACAGGAACCAGUGGUAGAAGAACCAGUGGUAGAAACUCCAGUGGUAGAAGCUCCUGUGGUAGAAGCUCCUGUGGUAGAAGCCCCUGCAGAAGAGGCAGCAGAACCACCUGCUGCUCCUGCUGUAGAGGAGGGUAAGCUCUAAGAAGAAGGAUGCCUCAAUCUGAUUUAUUAACCAAUGCUGAUAGAACUUGACAAUAUAUUUUUUCCUAAUGUUCAGGUGCUGCUUACGCUUCUUUGUUUAACACAUGACCUUGGUUUGUGAUGGUCAAUAACAAUAGACCUUAUUAUGUAACUUUGCCCCCGUACUAGCAGAACCCUCACCCCCCUCUGAGCCGUCCCCAGCUGAACUUACAGAGCCAGCUCCCGCUGAAACUGAGCCUGUUGUGGAGAGUGGUAAGCUUAGUCAGGCCUGUUGGUGUAAGUUUGCCCGAGCGCAGGAUGGAUGUGUUUUGUCUUAACCGCUUCAUGCUCCGGUCAUACUAACAGAACCCCAAGCAGCAGCAGCAGCAGCAACAGAAAGCCCAGCAGCAGAGCCCCCUGAGCCUCAGCCUGAAGUGGUUGCAGAGAGUGGUAAGACCAAAGUCCAGCCUGGGUUGGAGAGGGGGAAGCGGGCAGACACUUCUUCCCAUUUUGAUAAAGAUAAUGUUAAUUUUUCAUCACCUUCUCUCCUUUUUAUAUUUUAACCGUUUUUUUCCCCCAUUUUUACAGCUCUCCUCCCUGCCUGUUCCUGAUUUUUCCUUUUUUCACAUCGUUUGGGUAUUUGUAAUGAUAAAGGUUAAUCUCACCCUCAUGAAAUAUUUUGACUUCUUUUCCCAUUCACUCCUCUCAGGUGUAUUUCUGUGUGUCUCGCUGACUGAUAGGUAUCUAAACACACACACUAAUUGUUGUCUCUCUCUCUUGCUUUUGCCAUUCUUUCUAUCCCUUCUUUCUUUCCACCUCACCUUUUUCCCAUGCUUGCUGCUCUUUUUAUUCUAACUUCAGUAGCAGAGUCCACACCUGCCACUCCCAAGGUCCCUUCACACACACCCUACCUCCUUAUUGGUGGAGGAACCGCCUCUUUCGCCGCCGCCAGAUCCAUUCGAGCCAGAGACCCUGGAGCCAAGGUCAGUACACCCUCUGUUUCCAAAAUAAAAGAUUACCCCUGGAGUCAGUUUUGUUAUCUACCUCAGGGUACUGAAUUUUUAAAGGUUGUCUUUUUCCUCUCGGAUCGUUUUAGGCUCAAAGUCUGGUUUGCCUGUUUUGAAUAUUUGAUUGCAGGUACUAAUUGUGACUGAUGAGCCAGACCUUCCAUACAUGAGACCACCCCUUUCUAAGGAGCUUUGGUUCUCUGAUGACCCCAGUGUGACAGAAACGCUGCGAUUCAAACAGUGGAAUGGAAAAGAAAGAAGGUCUGAUAUCAUUUUAAAUUUCUUGUAUUAGACUUUUGGUGUAUUCAGCUGUAUAGCCUUGAAUGUUUUCUGUUCGUCUCGUUUCUGAAUAUAAGAUUAAAACCUGCACAGGGUGUUUUUGGUCUCAGCAGUAAGGAUGUGCACAUUUAGUACCUUGGAUCUGUUUGUUAUUCCUAAUGAAAAAUUUCAUUUUAAAAUCGAGGAGAUGAGUUGCUUUGGGACGUUUCUUCUCUACAGUAAGAAAAAUCUUGACCAAGCCUGUUUUAGCAGACCUUUAGCUGUAUGAAAGAAAACAGUCAGAGCAGCAGGGUUACAACAUAGUCCUCUGUAAUCUAAUCUUUGAACCAAGUAGACAACAUCUGGCAAUAAUGCAGCUUAACAAAAUGUACAAAAACAGACGUCUCCAUGCGAGUGUCUGAUAAAAUCUGGUUUUGGGUGUCCUCUGCCAACUCCAGUCCUGCUUCUUGAGUUGUAAUUGAGACUGUAAACAACCACAAGUCAAGGAAAAGGUUGUCUUGGUCUAGCCCUGCUGGCUCUGUACCUCUCUGUCUGCACUCUGCUUCAUUUUAACAUUUGUUUCCCUCUGUUGUGAUCAGUGAUGCAGUUGCGUGCAUGCCGUCCCGUGACAUCCCUUUGCUUUUAGUGGAGAAUCAAAGUUUUUUCUUGCGCCUCUGCUGUUCAUGUUGAUUACACUCCCCUGUUCCCUAAACUCUGUCUCAACUGACUUCCCUUUUUAGCGGUGUUUACACAAAAUAACUAUUGUUGAGAACUGAGCUUGCAUCAUUUCCUUAGCAGCAAACAAUCUCACAGGUGAACCACUCACAAUACCAAUUAAAACUUAAGAUGUAGCAGAUAAUGUAUAGAUUUUAUUAUUUAUAGAUUCAUGUAUUUAAACAAAAGACUUCCUCUUUUUCUCUCUGUGUUUUUUCCAGUAUCUACUUCCAGCCAGCAUCAUUCUACAUCAGUCCAGAAGAAUUGGAAAGUGCAGAGAAUGGAGGUGUUGCUGUUCUCACUGGGAAAAAGGUUUGUUUUUAUCUAACAAUCAGCCAAUGCAGGAAGGGACUCCUCAGUUAAAUAUAAAUUUUAGUGUUUUUCAGAUGAAUUAUUCAUCACAUUUAUGAUGAAUGUCAUGUCAGAUUUGAAUAAACUUCUCUACUAUUUCAAUGACUGAUUUUGACUAUGAUAACGUGGAUCGAUCUUUUCCAGGUGGUACACAUGGAUGUCAGAGGGAACAAAGUAAAGCUUGACGAUGACACAGAGAUCUCCUACAACAAAUGUCUGAUUGCAACAGGUGAGACACUUCAGAUUGCAUUCACUACAGAAUGUGUUUUCAGCCUGACUGAAGCUAAUCUGAGCUUUUCUCUUCAGGCGGUGUACCAAGAAACCUGCAGGUGAUAGAGAGAGCAGGAGAGGAGGUGAUGAAGAAGACGACUCUGUUCCGCAAGGUCAGUAUUUGCCCACAAGGGGGCGAUAGCUUAAUUCCAGACUGUAAAUAGUGUCUCUUAGCAAGCAAGCUGUUUUUUUUUCUUUUUUUAAAUCUUGUUUUUUUUGUGGACAAAGCAAAGAAAGACAAAUAUGAACUAUAUAGGUGGCAAUUUUAAGGGCUCCAAAUAGGUCACAUGAAGGAGAUGAGGAGUACUCUGAAAAUGUAAAUCCAACAGCUCUUGAAAAGGUCAAUACAUGAUAUAAUCUAACGUUGCAAUUAUAGAUUGAAAUAUCUUAAUAUCAUGUCAAAAAAUAAAUAAAUACAUAAUUGAAGCUUAAAACGGCAGGAAGCAGAUUCACAGCAGUAGUUUAUGUAGUUAUUAUGGCCAAUCUUAAUAUUAGAAUGUACAUGCAGUAUGUCAUGUGCUGUGUUACAGGUGACCUUUUUACAUUUUAGAGAAUGAAUUACUGUAAUAAUGCAAUUAUCCUCCACAGAUUGAAGACUUUAAAUCUUUAGACAAGGUGUCCAGAAACAUUCAGUCCAUCACAAUCAUCGGAGGCGGCUUCUUGGGCAGCGAGCUGGCCUGUGCUCUUGGCAGGAAAUGUAAGGCGGUUGGAUAAAAAUGAGAAAAUGACAGAGUAGAUUUGAAAUACUGUUUUUUUUUUUUUAAAGGACAAAUCUGUUUUCUCUCUUUUUUUUAUUUAGCGCAUGAGUCUGGCCUGGAGGUGAUCCAGAUGUACCCGGAGAAGGGCAACAUGGGGAAAGUGUUGCCUGAGUAUCUGAGCAAUUGGACGACAGAAAAAGUCAAGCAAGGUUCAUGUCCAUUUCUUGUCUAAAGUACUCGCAAAAGCCAACAGAAAUACUUUUCCUGCCCUCUAUUUCCUUGAUGACAGCUUCUUUCUUUUUGGUGUCGUAGAGGGUGUAAAAAUCAUCUCAGAAGCUCUGGUGAAAUCUGUGAACCUCAAAGACGACAAGUUAGAAAUCCUACUGAAGGACGGCCGACUUGUAGGUUCAAAGAUUUGACUCAUGUUCAGUUUGAAUUAGGAAAUAAUUUAUUUGUUACUGAUUGUGUCGUGUUGCCCUUUAAUAGGUGAAAACAGAUCACUUAGUUGCAGCUGUUGGCCUGGAGCCCAAUGUUGACCUUGCAAAGUCAGCAGGUCUGGAGGUGGACUCUGACUUUGGUGGCUUUCGGGUUAAUGCAGAGCUGCAAGCAAGAUCCAAUAUUUGGGUGGUAAGUUAAUGUUUAUAAGACGUAUCAAGAUUAAUGCAAUCAAACUGUGUUUUGGAUGUAGAGCUGUAUAGGGAAGAUAAAAAAACACAAUAUUAGGGUCUAAAUGUUAGUUAUUUUCAGUAAAUUCAUAUUAUUGAUAUCUAUAUUUUUGUUUGAAAUAUAGAGACUUCUGUUGAUUUUCUUCGUAGUUAAAGGACCUUAAAUAAAUGCACAAUUCUUAGUGAAAUGAACUACAUGUUUUGGUAUUAAUUUCAAUUGCAAACCUCUAUUACCACAUUUGAUCAAAAGCACUAAAAGCACAGAGAAAAAAGGUUAGGUCUAGGUUUAUUUAGUAGGUCAGGGCGAGCCACAUGAACGCCUUAACCUCUGCUGCCCUGUAUUAUAUUGUGUUACAGUGCCCUCCUCAGGCAAAUUCAGGUCAUGAUCCGCAUGAAAAAUGCAUCUCGUGAUAUGUUAUUCACUUGUAACAUGAUUUGUAUUCGUAUAUGCAUGCCGUGUAUCCUCAACCCCGUCUGUUUCGGUGCAGGCAGGAGAUGCUGCGUGUUUCUAUGACAUCCGACUGGGCCGCAGACGAGUGGAGCAUCACGAUCACGCCGUUGUGAGCGGAAGACUCGCAGGAGAGAACAUGACAGGCGCCAACAAGCCCUAUUGGCAUCAAUCUAUGUUCUGGUGAGUGUCUUAAGCACUGACUCCUCCCUGCUUGUGGUGUUCAAACAAAGGGUUUUGUGGUUCAUGGUCAAACCGUUUUGGAAACUAAUGCUGUGAGUGCAAGCAAUAAGAGCGGCUUAAGGUGGAAAUGAAAGAAAACUCCAAAGUGAGUGAGGUCCAGUCUAAAUUGUGAAUUGAAGUGAUCCAUGUUCAAUGCAUUUGUCUAAAUUAGUGGGUACACGAGGAUGUACAUUGAUGCGUGCACAUUACGCAGAUUUAAUCCUUUUGGAAGCCACAUGAACAUGCAUGAUUGCUUUGAAUUCUUGAAUACCAUUAAGUUGUGAAAUAUUUAAAAUGCCUUUAGAGGACAUUAGGUUGGAGUUCCCAGCAGAGUGCAGCAUUCAUCACUCACAUUUUUUACGCAUUUACUGUCUCUUUUAAGAAAAGCUAAUAUGAGCACAGAGGGGCUGUGACAGAUAUUCAGGGGGCUGCCAAAAACUGAGUCCACAGUGUGGCGCGUGGCCUACUUUAAAGCAGUCAUACAACGUCUGCGUGCUUCAGCAGCUGGUGAAACAUGACACAAUGCUGACAACACGGGUUGAGUGCAGCCCAGAAAAAUAUAUACAUCUGUCAGUUAAACUGUCCUGUUCAUACGCUCCUUGAUGUUGUUAGAUACUGUAUGUGUGUGUUUUGCUCCAAACGUUCGUGUAAUGUGGCUGCAGAGUCAAAGCGGUGUGAUUCCUACUGGGUGUGACAUCCGACCCCCUUUGCCGUUACUCAGCAGCAGUGGCAAGAUUGUGCCCAUGCAGUUGUCAAGACCAUUAUUUUAUAUUGACCUAAGUAGGCCUCGUUUUAGUCUACUUGGACAUUUUCGACUUAAAUACAACACAAAAUAAAUGUGCUGUAUUAAACCAGUUUUAGUCAAGCAGGGCUCGACAGUGGGACACUUUCACUCGCAUUUGCGACUAAAAAUAGAUGAGUGAGAGUUAUAAAAUGUUUUUAGGGGCACAUGUGCGCAUAAAAAAAAAUCAGCUGAGGCAACAAAUGUUUUUCUUGUAAAUACCGCGGUGAAGUUAGUUUUAGGUUGGAGAUUCGACGAACAUUCAUUGUGUAUCUAUCGGUGUCUUCUCACUCUACAUAACCGGCAAUAGCAACAGCAGCGCAGUUCAAUCUACUCUGCAUCCUCGCUGUCAACGUGUUGAAUAAGGAACCAUCAAUAAAUUACCAGUUGAUGCUCUCAGAGAAGGCUGUUUUACUUCAAUAGCUUCCAUGUCAUGUGACCAAAAUACCUAACAUUGAUUUCAAAUAAUAGUACUUAUGUCGACCAAUAAGACACACAUUAUUUGAUCAAUUUUCAUUGUGCCCCUAAAGUUCUUUGUGUGCUCCUUACUAUUUCAACACAUGCGUUCCUUGUGAAAAAAGUUAGUGUCAAGCCCUGUCAAGGAAUAUUUUUAAUCAUAUGUGGUCGUACCAAAUGUUGUUUUUUUAUGUUAGUAAAACAAAUGGAUUGUCACAAUCAGAGUAUCAGGUAAACUCAAGUACAGGAGAGACUUGGUGUUCUCUACUGUGAAAAUAAAAAAAUACUGACAUAGGUUAAAGUUACUGACAAUAUCAGCAAAAGUCCAACAACAUUUGACCCUCCAACUUUGAGGGUUUACUCCUGAAAGCACGGUCUUUACUUGUUAUGAAGUGUUCUCCUGUUGCAAAUUGAAACUCAUUAAACUUUUCCAACACAACAUUUCGCUGCAAAUUACCCUCGACAAUGAUUUUCCCUGAGACAUGCAGAUGGAAUAUAUUCUGCUAAACCCAUGCACCUCCCAGGAUGAUAGAAAACCCUCUUGAAGAUCAGCAGCUGUGAAGCACUCUAGCUGUAACACCGGUUUACAGUAAUGACUGUAAACUCUGCCGGCUGAAGCUGAUGGCUCAUUUGAUUAAUAUUAAGGCUAACAGAUGAGUCAGACACUAAGCAGAGCUCACUAACAUUAUUUAGUAUAGCCUUAAGCUGAGCUUUGUAGUGUUACUCAUUUGGAAAAUUAGGACACACAUGAACAUGCUCUGCUUAGCAUUGAGUCAUCUCUUCAAAACAUGUCUUCUUUGUUAUCCAUAAACAUUUUUGUUUAGUUGUUUGUAGGAACAAACUAUGUUACUUGAGUCCUACACUGGCAUGAUUUGCUUUAAAUGUCCUCUUUGAAUAGACUCUUAUGGUGACGAACACAGUGUUCAUCACUAUAAGAGCAUAAAAAGGACCAGGUCCAAAUUGAAGAAAGGGAUUUCUUUAUAUUGUUCUGGUUUUACUUACUCCUGAUCCUCUCUUGAAGAAUAGUCAUCAGCAGUGUCUUCUUUUAAGAUCCCCUGAUAAAAUGUACACGUUUUAUCCUAUAAAAUCAAAACACAUUUAAAAUUAGGAGCAUUUAUGUUGAGAGUCCCUAUUCAAUUUGAUUUAUAUGUUGAACAUUUUAAAGUCUACAUAUUUUUUUCCUGCUUUAAUCCCUGCGUACUGUAGAUAUAUCGUUUACUAAUGAGGUCACCAGAGUUUGUUUCUGUCUACUGAGGAAUGUUCCAUAGCAACCAGUAUCCUAAGCAUUGAAACAGUCAUAUGAAUUCCUAGUCUACUUCUUAGACUAGUCUAAAGGUAAGAAAACACUCACAAAACAGGUAAAAUUUAGGAUCAUUUAUUUAAUGCAGUUUAACACAGGGCCUUAGUAGGGCUGGGCGAUAAACUGAAAAUUUAUCAAUACAGAAAUUUACGACAAUAGUAUAUUCUGUGUCAAAAAAAUAAAUAAAAGUUGGUUUUGGAUGUUUGUAGAUAGGCUAUGGUCUCAUGUCACUUUAAGACGCUGUCCUUCGUCAGAGACGUGACUCCACCCCAUCCAGUUCAAAACAAAGAGGGAAAGACAGGUGAGGAGAUGGAGGACGGUUCAAAAGUUGGAGCGGCUGAAGUAGACGAAGUUAAUAUGGAAGGGGGUGAGCUGCAUGUGGAGUAGUUAUCGUGUCGUUAUCGAGGUUAAAUGCUCAAUAUAUAGUGAUAUUGAUUUGAGGCCAAAUCAUCCAGCCCUAGGUCUUAGCGAGUCUGAGUAACGAUGUCAAACUGGUUUGCUGAGUGUGGAGCGUGGUUAACGUUAACAGAGCUAGCACAACCAGCUUCGGGUUCUCUUUGUAGGCUAAUAUCUACGUUCCUGUCCUGGUCAUUCAGUGCACUAGCUGGGUUUUUUAUAUGUCAGUUUUACCAGAUGCAGCCAUGGUACAGCUUCAUCACCAUAUGCUAGAUUAAAAUACUGUCGUACAGCACUGAGCAACAAGAUGCAAUCGGUCAUCUGUGCGAGUGUAUAUCCGUGCAGUAGAGCAUCAGUAAACAUUAAUGAGUCUUCUGCUCUGGCUAAUGGAGGCUGGCUGAGCUACAACUCCAAUGCAACAUAUGACCAGCAUUUUAGGCCUACAAUAGAAAUGAAGGUAUUUUAGCAAACGUAAAAUUCUUGUGCUGAUGUUAAAUCUUUCAUAUUCCUAAACAGAAUACCAAAAAAUUAUCUAAAAAUUAAACUUCAGAUGGAAUUUAUCUUCUAAAGACCCAAAACCUUUUUGUCACUUGAGUGUUGAAUUUUCCUAACUCCUCAUCUUCAGUGACUUUUGUUUCUCUGCAGUGUACCGUAGUCAUACAUGAUCAAUAUCUUGGAGCAGAAGCACACAGAGCAUGCCCAACGCCAACAAAUGUUACGAUGAGUCAGUGUCAGUUUACUCAUCCUUUAAUCAUAAUUCAUCCAGGUGCAGAUGGCUCUUACAAAGGUGCUAAGAGAUGACCCACCAGAUGUGCUGGCUUCUGCCUGGUACCACAGUUAGAUUUCCGACCUUAAGGGUAAAAUGACCACAGCAUGUUAUCUGUCAACAUCUGGCUGGGUUUUUCUUCAGGUCAUCAGCCGGCUACAAACUCACCCAGAGCCUUGGGGGGUUGUCACUAAAAUGUACAGCUAAAUUUUAGCUCUGCUUGUUUGUGUUUUAGCAGGAGUUUUGCAGCCGCACAGUGUUUAACAAGAUUUUAAGAUGUGAAGUUUUAAACUCCAGAAGCUGCUGUACCAAGAACAGGAAUACAAAACUGCACAGAUUACAGCGUGUCCAGCUUAUAUUUAUUCGUUAAACUCCAAUAACAUUUUUCAUUUUUUCAACAGUUUAUUUCUCUGGAGGUGCUAAAAAUAAACAGAGAGGAAAUAUCGUUUAAGCUCAAUAUGUUUACUAACCUCAUGCGGUUAUUCACAGGAGUGACCUGGGACCAGAUGUUGGUUAUGAGGCGAUUGGGAUUGUUGACAGCAGCCUGCCAACAGUGGGAGUGUUUGCAAAAGCCACAGCGAAGGAUACACCCAAAGCUGCUACAGAGAAGUCGGGUAAGAGCGGCACUAUAUACAAACGUUAAUCUUACUCACAUAAAGCAAAAGUACACUUGGCAUUCAUGACUUAUCUUGAAUGUUUCACAGGAACUGGGAUCCGCUCAGAAAGUGAAACUGAAGACACAGCCACCAGUCCCGUGGCCUCUUCCACACCAGCUCCAGCUAUGGGGGCACAUAAAGACGACUACGGAAAAGGAGUCAUCUUCUACCUGAGGGACAAAGUGGUGGUGGGGAUAAUCCUGUGGAACGUGUUUAACAGAAUGCCUAUUGCAAGAAAGGUAUGCACUGACGCAGAAUUAAAAAAACUGCUUUGUGACACUAGUCAUGUUUACAUGUGCAAAAUUGCUUCAUACGAUUAAAAUUUUAAGGGAUCGGAUAAUAUGAAACCACUGUUUUUAUAGGUGCAAAAUCAGAUCAUGAUGUGCGUAUACAUGCACCAAGCUUAAUUCAGAUUAUUCAGAUAUGGAAAUGCGCAAAGUUGUCUGAUUUCGCUAAAACAACCACAGAAGAAGAGUUAUUUACACCUGUGCUGUCAACAAACCAACAAACGGGGUAGUGGCUCACUCCAUCCAAUUCAGGAGUUUUCCCCCUGUUAAAUGUUGUCACCAGAUGGCGCCCUUGUGUACUUAUUUUACUGGUUUGUCAAAGGUUGCACUGUGCGUGCAGAUGUGACAUCAUGACGCUGUAUGUACGCCUUGUUAUGUUACCGGAGGAGCAGACAUGGUACCCGUGGUUGUGUUUUAUGCCAGAGUGUUAAUAAUGAAACCUCCUGUACUGACCUCAAUAAAUAAGACAAAGGCUAAGGAGUGAAGACCGAGAAUCAAAAUAAGUGUUUACAUGGAUGCAGUUCGGAAUAACAAUCGGCAUAAACCACCCCUCUAGAUAGGAAUACAAUUUCUGCCUGGUUAAGCCAAAUUAAAUCUGAAUCUUCUGAUCAACAUGUUACAUGACGCAUUUUUAAUCCAAUUGGGCAUUUAUUGCGAUUAUUUGUGCCCAUGUAAACGCAGCUGUUGUGAAGUUUCCUGAUCAUGUGUGUCUGUUGACAGAUAAUCAAGGACGGAGAGGAACAUGCAGAUCUGAAUGAAGUGGCCAAGCUUUUCAACAUCCACGAGGACUGAGAACAUGAAGGCUGACACUCGUUUUGGGAGGGUAGUUACCUGUCAUAUAAAGACUGAACUCAGACAGCUGUCGCCACGCACUUAGGACAAAUCCGAUCAUACAAACAAAACUGGGGAACUCAUGUAAAUUAUUUCAUGUUGCUGAAAUAUUUUCGUAUUUGGAAUUUGUAUCUACUGCACCUGUUUUGUUUAUUUGUUUUUCCACUCAUUGCAUUGCUUCUCUUCUGCCAAUCUUUUCGCUUUCUUUUUUAAUCAUAGUCAACAUGUGAUGGUCUCUGCUUUCCCCCCCUCCAGGCUGAAAAUAUCGAGCAUAGACUAUUGUUUCCCUCUGUGUGAUCAAAGCAGCUUGCCAUGAGAAAAGCUGCAAUAAAAGCUAUUUUUAAAUCAGAGUCAUCC